CUACGAAUAAUAUCAACAAAAAUAUUCAUUCAUUGCCUGUUCUUAUAAGAGAAAAUAUGUAUAGAGUAUUUUGUUCAGCCUAUCUUGAUGUAAGCCAUAAAAAAUUAGCCGGUACUUAUGAUAAAUUACGUAGUGAGUGGGGUAAUAUUAACAAAAAGUUAGUUCAAUAUUUUUGUGAAAAAUGUUCUAUUUGUGUAGUUUGCGUAAAUAGAAAGCUUGGUAGUGAAGUUGCUGAAAAGCAAUUAUUGCUAAAAAUUUUUUAUCUCGUUUGCAG